AUGCCAAGAUCUUUUCUCGUGAAGAAAAAGCGCAGUGCCUGCGGUGCAUGGCAAUGGAAAGAACCAGAACAGCAUCAAUGGAAAGAGGACAAUACUAUACUAACAGAAAAUACUAUGGAGAAAAUAAUAUUCAAUCAUGACAUCCAACAGCCCCACACAGGAACUUACUUAGAAGAGAUUGCAGGAAGCGGGACAACUGUGGAAGUUAGAGUCCCAGUAUCUUCCACAGGAUCAGGGGACCAAGGAUCAGAAAUCAGAUGCUGGUCAAAAAUGGAGCCUUUUGGUUUUCCAGCCACAUUAGCUUCCAUCAGCAGAGCAAAGGCUCGCCCUCGCAGUACGCCUGUUUCGGGUGAUUUUGGGUGCUCACUGUGCCACAAAAUCUUCCCCCUGCAGCGCAUGUUGACACGCCACCUAAAAUGCCACAGUCUUGUAAAGAGACACCCCUGUCGAUUCUGUGGCAAAGGAUUCAAUGACACCUUUGACCUCAAGAGGCACAUGCGAACACACACAGGUAUCCGUCCCUACAAAUGUGAGCUGUGUGAGAAAGCUUUCACACAACGUUGCUCUCUGGAGUCCCAUAUGAGAAAGAUUCACGGUGUUCACCAGCACUAUGCCUACCGGCAGAGACGCUCUAAGAUUUUUGUAUGUGAGGACUGUGGCUAUACCUCAAGUCGACCUGAUGAGUACUUCCUUCAUGUGAGGCAACAUCAUCCAACCAGUCCUGCGCUUCGUCGCUACUAUCGCCGACAUGCCCAUGAGAACAGCUCACUUUCAUCUUCAAAUUCUAAACUCAACCCUUAUCUCUUGUACUCAGCCCAAACAUACUAUAUGUAGAGUUAUUGUACUUCUUGAGUCAAACUAAUAUUACAUUUUAAUGUAAUAUUAGUUUUAUGUACUUACAUU